AAAGUAUCUUCUCUCUCACUUUGUUAACAGUGCAGAUAACGGAGCUCCCAGACAAGACACACCGAACAGAACCGUGACUAGUAGUAGUAGUGUUUAUCUGCUUCUUCACGGAAAAGCAAAUUCUGUGAACUAACAAUCGUUCCAAAACUGAACCUUCUUCUCGCAAAGCUAUGACUGUUUAGCUUGGAAGGAAAGGAAUACAUUGCGGUGUAGUACAGUGAGUUGACGGCGUCACCGUUAAUUCAGUUGCACUUCUACUACUGGAUCUAUUGCAAGCAAUCCUUUUGAGUGUAUUUUGAUGGUACUGCAUGUCUGCAACAUUGACUGGAGCUUGAAUCUGAUGAAUUAUGCAAAACUGAUGUUUAUAGAACACUAUAUUAAGUCAGCAAUGUUAUUCUCCAGGAAUUUUACUUAAUGAAUUUGACUUGCCUGAUUAAAAGAACUGGUUGAGAAAUCUUGGUUUUUUUGUAUAGUGGUCAUUCUGUUGAUCUGGAGAUGUGCUUCUUAUUGAACUGAAAAUAAGAGUGAGUUGAGGGAAUAAUCUGGGAUUUACAUAUGGCUUCAUGGGAACAUUUUGGGGACGUUGCAAAUGUCGCUCAGCUUACUGGUAUAGAUGCUGUGAGGCUAAUUGGGAUGAUUGUGAAAGCUGCUACUACAGCACGGAUGCAUAAGAGAAAUUGCAGGCAGUUUGCACAGCAUCUCAAGUUAAUUGGAAAUUUAUUGGAGCAGCUCAAGAUUACUGAACUUAAGAGGUAUCCGGAAACCCGAGAGCCAUUGGAACAACUUGAAGAUGCAUUAAGGAGGUCUUAUAUAUUAGUCAAGAGUUGUCAGGACAGGAGCUACCUUUAUCUGUUGGCUAUGGGCUGGAACAUUGUAUACCAGUUUCGCAGGGCUCAGAAUGAGAUUGAUCAAUACUUGAAGAUUAUUCCUCUUAUCACUUUGGUGGAUAAUGCUCGAGUCAGGGAACGGUUGCAAUAUAUUGAAAUGGACCAGCAUGAAUACACACUGGCGGCUGAAGAUAUGAAGGUGCAAGAAGUGAUUAUGAAACCAGAGCCUUCUAAAGAUGAUACAGUAAUAUUAACGAAGAAUCUUUCUUGUUCUUACCCACGAGUGCCUAUCAAUGAGGCAAUUCAAAAAGAAAAUGAAAAACUCCAACUAGAAUUACAACGCUCACAAGCUAAUUUAGAUGUAGGUCAGUGUGAAUUCAUUCAGCAUCUUCUGGAUGUCACAGAAGUAGUUGCCACUAACUCUCUAUCAUUGAAGAGUUCACCUGCCAAACCUCCCAAAAAGUUGGAUCAGAGUUACUCAAAUGUUGAUACUGAGAAGAUAUAUUAUGAUGAUUAUGCUAAAAGUGAUGAGAAACGGUCAACUUCGAGAAACACUUCAUCAGUUACGUCCAGACAUGACCUGCUGACUUCAAAGGGUUCACAUCGAUAUGAAGAGUGGCAUUCAGAUCUGCUUGGCUGCUGUUCAGAACCUCUCUUGUGUAUUAAAACCCUUUUCUUUCCUUGUGGUACAUUUUCUAAAGUUGCCAGUGUUGCUGCGGACAGGCAUAUAUCUUCAGCGGAUGCUUGUAAUGAAUUAAUGGCUUAUUCCUUGAUAUUAUCCUGCUGUUGUUACACUUGUUGCAUCAGAAGGAAGCUUCGGAAAAAGCUAAACAUCAUGGGAGGCUGUGUUGAUGAUUUUCUCUCUCAUUUAAUGUGCUGUUGCUGUGCUCUUGUCCAAGAAUUGCGUGAAGUGGAGAUACGUGGGACACAUGGUAUAGACAAGACGAAAAUAAGCCCUCCAACCACUCAAUUCAUGGAAUCGUAAGAAGCUAAAGUUGGCGUUUUAGCAUUAAAAAUAUUAGAAAGCAUUAUACGGAGUUAGUGGUUCAUGUUGUUACUUGAUACGUGAGAGUUUCUUGUGUGUUUAAAUCUUCGAUGCUGUAAAGUUAUUCUUUAACACAUAGGUUCACUGUGUAUAAAUGAGCCAGAGUUGUAUUGGUUCAUUCGUUUACAUGGUUACUGUACAACUGUAUACAUGCAUGUGAUGUGAGAAUCUCUCUCGUGAUGUACAUACAGGGAAUAUUCUGACAUCUGAAAAUGGUUUUUUUCUCUGUGCUCAAAUAUAUAUUUUUGUGCAGUC